AUGGCCCUCCUCGACGCAGAUGCGCUCCUCGCGCUCAUCACUUCCCUCCUCCCGCCCUCGCACUCGGGCGAGGCGGACGCCACGCCGAUGCUCCACAGCCCCGCCGAUGCUCUCGCCCUCCUCGUCCACGCCAUCAUGUCCCGCCUCGACUUCCGCCUAGUCGGCCUCGGCGACUCGGACCGCCUCCCCUCUUCCUCCAGCUCGCGUCCCGCAGGUGCAGGCGCAGAUGCCGACACUCGCCAGCCUUCACCCGCCAACCGCCUCCCGCCGGCCUGGAACCGUGGCGCACCCGAGGCCUACGGCUUCCGCUACCGCCACGACCAGUCGUCGCUCGACUACCUCAUCAAGCUCACCAAGAUGGGCGACAGGGUCGUCGUCAACGGCCUCGCCCUGCAGGGUAACCAGACUUCCACCCUCACGGUGCCCCUCGCAGACUACUUUUCCACCUCCUUCUUCCCCGCCCAGCUCGGCGGCGAGGGCAGCAGAGGCAGCGGCGACCAACCCGCUGCCCAGCUCAGGGGCGCCUUUACCUCGCCCUCGCGCUGCAACGACCUUAUACUGGCGUUCAAGAACACCAUUGUCGUACCCCUCGUCCCCAACCUGCAGAAAGAGGGAUUCCAGGCCACGUCGAACAGCCGCAGCGACCAACAGCACCCGUCGUCCAGCCAGGGUCCGCGCCCAGGCAGCGGCAGCGGCAGCGCACAGCCAUCCCAACCGCGACCGCCCUACUUUUCGGAGCCAGACGACCCAUCGCUCCCCUCGAUGCCCUUCCGCAACCCGCUCGUCGUGGGCGACCGCGAUCUGGACCCACUCGGCGGAGCCCUUCCCUCGCUCCCAUCGCCAUUCGGCGGUCGUCAGGGCGGUCCCAGCGGCGGAUUUGGCGGCGGCGGCGUGCCAUCGCCCUUCCCGCGCGGACCCGGCGGCAUGGGCAUCCCCGACACGGGCGGCGGGAUGUAUGUCGGGCCUAACCAUCCCAUGUUCCGAGACCGCUUCCAGGGCGGAGGUGGCGGCGGCGGUGCGGGCAUCGGCGGUGGAAUCGUGCCUCCGGGAGCGAGAUACGACCCCAUCGGCCCCGGCGGUAUGGGCAUGGGCAUCCCCAGGCCGGGCCCUAGGGGCCCCGACGUGGGCGGGCCGCUACCGCAGCCAGGUACCAGGAGAGACGGCGAGCCGGACUGGGACGAGCUGAGGCCGCCGGGCAACAAUAACGGAUACGACAACAUGUUCAUGUGA